CCCCGAUAUCUUUCCACCCAUUCAGUACAUCCAAUAUGGAUCCCAACGUCCGAAACCCACAUAUUCCCUCUUGCAGUGAGUGCAGAGCGAGAAAAGCAAGGUGCUCCAAGGAACGUCCUGUAUGUGCUCGCUGCCGGCAAUUGGACAAGGGAUGCAUUUACCCCCCGAAGAAGACUCGCACCCCUCUAACCAGAGCUCAUCUUGCGGGUGUUGAAAAUCGGCUAAAUCGGUUUGAAAUCGCGUUGCAAAGGCUCUUCCCGGCCGGGGGCGUCGAGCAAAUUGUCCAAUCUCUAGUACGUGAGUCGACCGAUGAAAUUGCCUCCUUACCCGAAGAUUCAUCCCUUGCGAACCCCCUUUCGGAUCCCAUCACUGCUGAUCCUUCCUUGGACACGAUGGAUCUAUCACUGGGUUUAGAAUUGGAUAGCCCCCCGGUCAUCGAUACCACCGGGAAUCACAAGCAUCUUAUCGAUGCGUACUUUAUCAACUAUCAUCCCGUGUAUCCGUUUGUGCAUGAGACAAGCUUCCGGGCUGAAUGCGAAAGCCGACCUCCGACCGCCCAUGGCUUGGAAUGGGAUAUUCUGUACAACGCCAUUCUGGCCAUGGGCUCUUGGUGCUGUCACGGUCUGAAGCCCGGAAUUGACCUCGAAUUCUACGGACAGGCGGUUGAGCUCUUGAAGGGGGUAUCUGUGUUGGAUGUAGGGAACCGGACGCUUAUACAAGGCUUGGUCUUGUUACAUGAGUUGGCACAGAAAUCUGGCAUUCAAGAGAAGAGCUUGCAGUAUCUCUCCAUUGCUGCUCGCAUGGCAAUGAACCUCGGGUACCACCGAGACUUUGCCGACGAGACCUUGAGCUUGUUGGAAAAGGAAAUGAGGAGACGUGUAUGGUGGACCUUGUAUAUCUUCGAUAGUUGUGCCGCGAAGAGCUUCGGCUUACCUCUGCUGCUCCCGGAAAGUAGCUUCAUUAAGACAGAAAGGAUCCGAAACAUACGAGACGAGUCCCUCUAUCCCCAAACAACUUUUUUGCCAGUUGAAGUAGACGGACCGACGCCCUAUACCGGACUCAUUGCGCAGGCGCAGUUCCAUCUGAUGGCCAAUGGCAUUUACCGCAGUCUAAUUGCAUACCCAACCGUGUCCCUGGGGGAGGUGUCCAAGUUAGAGUGCCGCAUAGACACAUGGCGCGAAACACUACCAUCAUGCUUGACCGAUCCCAGCAACCCCCCAGCAUGCCCAUCCUUGAGAUUUACUGGAGAACGCCUACGCAUUUGCGAGAAAAACCUUCGGAUCCUGCUCUUGCGGCCAUACUUGAUGGCCUGGACGGCGGAUGAUAGAAACGGAGACCAUCGGGCCUUGGCGUUUCGGUGCGUCGAAAUUGCUCGGGAAAGCAUGGCCUUGGUCCUGGGCUGUUUACGGCGUGUCUCAUAUCCCCGUACCGAGGCCUCGUUUCUUCUAUAUUGUCUGUUCCAUGUCGUCCUGAUCUAUACUGUCUUCUGGAAACGCAUUUCCUCGCUCCACGCAGGGCUUCUUGUGCGGGACAUUCAGGAAAUACAAACGACACUUGUGCAAAGCCAAUUCAGCAAUGAUGCGCAAGCAUAUCAUUUUUUGACCGUGCUAAAUCAAUUAUGCAUGUCAUUGGGGCCUUCAAAUGCUACAGGGUCAUCAAUAGCGUCGUUGGCGACAUGAUUCCAACCUAUAUUGGCACCAUGUCCAUCGAUUCUCUAUGGAACUACAAAGGUGUUAUAAGCUUUGGUCUCUUAUUCUUCACGCCAAUGCAUUGGUGUUUUUUCCAGGGGCGGCCUCAAGAGCCAGCCAUCCUCGCAGUGUUCUCCUCACAGUGGAUUAGGCAUGAAAAGAAAUUAUUUAGAAAUAGUAAAACUCAAGCCAACAGAU